GGGGGGCGAUGGGAAGAUGGCGGCCGGCAGCAGCGGUGGCCCGGGCGCUCCGUGCCGGCACCACGCGCAGCUGGGAGUCUGCGAGUCGCGCGCCAAGUACCGCGAGGGGUGGCGGCCGCGCGCCGUGAAGGUUUACACUAUCAACUUGGAAUCUCGCUAUAUACUGGUACAAGGAGUUCCUGCAUUAGGUGUUAUGAAGGAAUUAGUGGAACAAUUUGCAUUAUAUGGUGCCAUUGAGGAAUAUCAUGCUCUAGAUGAAUAUCCUGCAGAGCAGUUUACUGAAGUGUACCUUAUAAAAUUCAAAAAACUGCAAUGUGCAAGGGUGGCCAAGAAAAAAAUGGAUGAACGAAGUUUCUUUGGUAGUUUGCUGCACGUGUGCUAUGCUCCAGAAUUUGAAACAGUCCAAGAAACCAGAGAGAAGUUGCAGGAUAGAAGAAAGUAUAUAGCAAAAGCAACAAAUCAAAGAGAUUGCUUUAUGUUAAAGAAAGUAGAAGGCCCUAAGAAGACAGCCUCAAAUACCUCUGAGCAUGACUGCCCAUGGAGUACAUCAGGAUCAAGUACAGCCAGUAACUGGGAUCCAUCCUGCUUUACAAGUUCUCCUGGGGUACCCCACAACACAGCAUAUCCAGCUGGGAAUCACAAUCAGAGCCUGUUAACACCUCCACACUAUGAUAACAAUUGUGCUGAAAUUUCUGGGUACUUUGGUCAAAACACAUCUUUAACUCCAAGUGUCCAUCCAGGAGUGUGCACUCCACCAGCUUCCUCAAUGCAGCACAGAAAGGCUCCAGCUUGCAAUGGAAUUGACAGGUUUAUGCCUCGUACAACUCACCUACAAGAACGUAAGAGGAAGAGAGAAGAAGGUAACAAGUUUUCCCUCAUUGGAACAAGUGAGGACAAUACUGAAGUUGUUAUUGGUCCACAACUACCAGAAAUACCUAAAGUGGAUAUGGAUGAUGAGUCUUUGAAUACUUCAGCUACAUUAAUUCGAAAUAAACUGAAAGAGGUAGCAGAUUCUGUUUCAACAUCUGUGGAAAAGCCAGAGAGCAGCUCAGCCAAACCAGUUGCAAAGCAGAGAAGACGAAUAUAGAUACUGCUGGCAGCAUCUUCCAACAGUCCUUUUGUAAAGAAUAUAGUUUAAAAUAUGUAUUUUUUUAUUUAAAAAAUAAAACUUUCUUUAUACUGUGUUUUCCAGUGAUUCCCUGUUUAAAAUGGUGUCAUUUUGUUACUUGGAAUGAAGAAACCAAUGUACUGUGUUAUUGUUGCAGUGUUGUCCUGUGUACCUCAUAUUGUAACAUUUUAUAAUAUGAACAGAAUAUAUGAAUAUAACAGAAGAACUCUAUUUAGCCAGAGUAACAGAAGUAAAUUCAUUUAUUCAACAGCUUUAACAGCAAAGGAAUAUUGAAGCUUAGGAGCAACUUGAAAUAUUACUGU